CAGGAAGCGCGGCAGGCUUAACCACAGAGUGAAACGCCCCAGUUUAGACGCGCCUGUGACAUUGUAGAGACGAUGAGAAACAAGAAGCAAGUCACCAAACUAAUGCUCUGCGGAUGAAGGAACAUCUUUAAGUUCUAGAGUGCGGCCCACAGGAUGACCCAGUUACCUGACCGAAAGGACUAAUUUGAAGAAGAAUCAGACAAAGCAAGUGUGGUACCAUGAUGCCAGUUGAGCCAAACAACACAAGCAAUGAGGGAUUAAAUCUCUCCUUUUGCUUUUCUAUUAACAAAGACCGUUUAAAAACCAAUGACACCAUCGCUGCACGCUACUUUCCAGUGGUGUUCUCUGUGCUGGGCCUCAUCUCCAACUUGUUUGCCUUUGUAGUGCUGGUUAAGACCUUCCAGCAAACACACAGCCGCUCUCGAUCCUCCUUCCUUCUCUUUCUGUGUGGCCUAGUGGUGACUGACUUCAUGGGCCUGCUCGUCACUGGAGUCAUUGUGGUUCCUUUUCGCUUCACAGAAUAUAAGUGGACAGACUUGGACCCCCACUGUCACCUCUGCAAUUUUAUGGGCAUGUCCAUGGUGUUCUAUGGACUGUGCCCACUCCUUUUAGGUGCCACAAUGGCCAUGGAACGAUUUGUUGGCAUCACUCAGCCCUUUGCUCGGUCCACCAAAAUGUCAAAGGGCCGAGCAUACACCAUGGUGCUCAGCGUGUGGGUGACAGCCUGGUGCAUAAGCCUGUUGCCUCUGAUCGGUUUGGGUAGCUAUCACCUCCAGAUUCCUGGUUCGUGGUGCUUCCUGAACAUCAGCUCUAAGCCUCUGGAUAUGGUUUUCUGCCUGGUGUUUUCAGGGGUCGGGCUACUGUGUCUGGCUGUGUCCUUCAUCCUGAAUACUGUGAGUGUGGUCACCUUGCUAAGAAUCUGCUGUGGACAGGACUCCACUCAGCGCCGGAGAGACUAUGAGGUGGAGAUGAUGGUGCAGCUCAUCCUUAUCAUGGUCAUUGCAUCCGUCUGCUGGUACCCAUUGCUGGUGUUUAUUGCACAGACAGUUUUGUCUGCUUCAAAGCUGGACCUCCUCAAACUGUUGCUCUACAUUCGCUUUGCUACCUGGAACCAGAUCCUGGACCCUUGGGUCUACAUCCUCUUCCGAUGUUCCGUACUAAAAAGGAUCUAUCCUCGUGCGGCCUUGUCUCGUGGCUUCACCUCUUUGCGCAGACUUACUCAAUCCUCAAUCGGGCGCCCAAGCAGUCUCAGUCAGCAAGUCUCAGAAGAACCAAAGCGGGAAGAAGCUCUUAUGUCUCCUGCUAACUGAUCACCACUCAGGACUGUUGGUUUAAUGCUCCAAGAGUCUUUUAUAUAUAUUUAUUUAAAAUUUAAUUCCCCAAAACAUAAUAACAUGAUUUUGCGUAGUGGAUAGCACUGUGGUCUCACACCUCUAGGGUCGAAGGUUCGAUUCCUGUCUCAGGUCUGUAUGCAUGUUUUUUUUUCAGGUACUCCGCUUUCUUCCCGCAGUCCAAACAUGCAGAUUAGAUUAAUUAGCGUUCCCAAAUUUUCCACAAUGUGUGUGUGUGUGUGUGUGUGGCCUGCGAUGGUUUGGCACCCUGUCCAGGGUGUACCCUGCCUCGUGCCCAAAGUCACCUGGGAUAAGCUCCAGGCCUCCUUCGGCCCUGUACGGGAUAAGCAGUAUAGAAAAUGAUGAUGAUGAUGAUGAUGAUGAUGACGAUGAUAAUUUGUUAACAUUCAGUUUUAUUUGUACUCCAUUUUAACUACAGGGGUAGCCAGGGGUAGCUCAGUGGUUAAGGCAUUGGACUACGGUUCGGAAGAUCCCAGGUUCAAACCCCACAACUACCAAGUUGCCACUGUUGGGCCCUUGAGCAAGGCCCUUAACCCUCAACUGCUCAGAUAUGUAAUAAGAUUAAAAAAAAAAUGUAAGUCGCUCUGGAUAAGAGCGUCUGCCAAAUGUCUAAAUGUAAAUGUAAACUACAGUCAUUGUCACAAAGCAGCUUUAAAGGAACUCAAAAUAAGAAAUGCAUUUUUCUACAAAUAAGUGGUUUGUGAUUUUGUAAUUUCACUUGUGUUUACAAGUGCAUGCAAGUGUUGAAUUAACUCCUUGCUAACUCCCUGUUAUAUGAGCUGAUAUGAGCUACUUUCCUAAGUAGUUUUCAAUUUCAGUUUAAGGUAUUACUUGCAACUCGGAACUGCUCUAAUGCAAAUGCCGAGGGGCAUAUUCACGCAUCUAAAACUUUGUAUGCAUGCAAACGUUUCACAAUAAAUUUAUAUGGAAAAUAUAUAAUUGUUAUAAAUGUCUGGGUAUUGCAAGACCAGCAUUCUUUCCACAUAUACAUUGUAAAUAGCACAGCGUGAGCAUUGUUGGGAUCUGAGAUGAUUAUUUUAACAUUUGACUGAUAACUUGAUCAUUUAUAAAUUAAAAUGUGUAGUCCAAUGGUGUAAAAUUGGCAGAUUUGGUCCUUAUCUUGCUCGGUAGUAAUUUUGACUAUUGUUGCCAAGCUUGAUCAUGAAAUUCCAUAUCAUUGAAUUUUGGAUCUGUUUAAGUGACAUGACUGCAGAAUGGCAAAUGGAAAUUAGCCAGGAUUCAAUGUUACUUUAUAAUAUUAAUCUGAGAUGCGUACAUUCUUUUAAUUUUAAUGAAUUUUCAUCAAAUUGUGUUGCAUUUUCCUUCGUCCUUUGGGAAAAUCAAACCAGAAAAGGAUGUCAAUGGGUAAACUAAUCAUAUUCAAAUAUUUAAAUCUGGACAGAUAUCUGCUACAUUUUUAUUAGUCACCCAGAACCUCCAAAAGCAUCCAUCCAUAUUCCCUACCCUGAUCUCCACCAGUCAGUCUCCUUCAGAGUUCACAGGUUUAUUAAUCACACUCACAUGUAGCUUGUUAGCGUGUGCAUUUAGUCACCCAUUCGCUCAUUUUGCUUCUGUGUAAAUUUUCAUUUGUAUUUUCUGCCUGGAGAUUUCGAACUUUGUUGUUUGAAAUCAAUAAACCGUGUUUCCUUUGGUUUUUUUUUUUUUUUUGGUUCAAUUAAACGUGUUUCCUCUGUUUUUAGUUUUUUUUUCAAUAAAAUGUGUUUCCUCUGUUUUUUUUAAACCACAGUGCAUGUACCUUCUUUAAUCUUAUGGGGCAGCAUGUGAUGAUUUAUAUUUUGUAACAGUUUCUUAAUAUUUUAUAAUGUACGUUUUUAAUGUACUUAUUCUGAUACAUUACUGAUUCGAUGGAAACAACUCAUUCACAAGACCAGUAUUGUGGACAUGAUUAAAAAAAAGAAUAUUUAAGUUUUGUUUUUUUGUUUUUUUAAGAAAAAAACAUGAAAUUGUUAAUAAGUCUUCUGCACAGUGGCUUUUAUUAACUAUUUACUAAAGGAGUAUCCAGUGUCAGGACAUUACUGUCUGAGUUUUGCUAACUUCAGGAAAGCAUUUCACUGCAUAUCAUACUGUGUAUGGUUGUGUAUGUGACAAAUAAAAGAUUGUAAGCAAUCCUUCUACAA